CAAAUCACGUGACGAAAACACUACCCUACUAUGAACACGGAAGUAAAAACUCCUGUGUAGCAAACAAGUGCAAAAUGUGAAGUGUUUCGCAAAUUAUAGUGAAUAUUUCAAGCUUGGAAUCAAAAUGAGCAACGAAGAAGAAAAUGACUCAAUUUACGCCAACGAGGACAUUACUAAAGUUGCGAAUAUCAGCAAACUCUUACAGAACAUGCACAUUGACAAGCUUUUAGAAAAUGAUAAAAAGGAAAUUGAACGUCUUGAUGAAAACGUUAAAUGGUAUCACAAGAAAAUACCAAGAGAUACAGCAGAGCAGCUGCUUAAGGAAGGUCUUGCCCAUGUUAACAUGGAUGGUAUGUUCUUGAUAAGAGACAGUACCAGUUCAACACAAGACUAUGUAGUUUCUGUCACACAUAAAGGCAAAGUCUAUCAUUUCCAGAUCAAAGAAAUCUACAAAGGACAUUACCAGAUUGACGAAGGACCAAUAGUUCAUGGUCUUGACAAAUUGGUUACUCAUUAUCAAACAUCAUCCAAUGGAUUAAUUACACAACUAACACAACAUUGUUGUGCAGAAAUACCACCAAAUAAGGCAAGACAGCUAGGUCAGACAAAUGUUUUACACAGGGCUGUUGUAGAGGGACUACCAGAAAUUGUUAGAAAAAUUUUGAAUCAUAGAUUAUGUCCUGACGUAAAUGCUAAAACAUCAUGGGGGUCUACUUGUCUCCAUGACGCAGCAAACUAUGGCUAUGAAGACAUUGUGAAAAUGUUGAUUGAAAAAGAGGCUGAUGUUGAGAUGAUUGACAAAGCUGGAUUUACAGCAUUACAUAGAGCAUGUGUAGCAAAAAGACCAAAUAUAGUAAAGCUGUUGAUAGAGGAUGGAAAAUCGGAUGUACAACUCAGAUGUCCAAAAACUGGUUGGGUAGCAUUACAUGUUGCUGCAUACAAAGGCCACAAACAUUGUAUCCAGGAAUUACUCAACCAUCAUGCACCAUUAUUUCCCAGAGCAGAGGAUGGAUCUACACCUUAUGAAUUAGCAAAAAGAUAUAACAGAGUUGAUUGUUUACAAAUAUUAAAUUUUCCAGACAACAGGUCAACUAGAACAAGAAAAGACUUAUGGUUUCAUUCUCAUAUUGACCGGAAGACUGCUACAAUGUUAUUAGAAGCUCAUCAAAGCAAAGAAGGACUUUUUUUAGUUCGGAAAAACAAGAAAGAUGUUAACUAUCAUGUGAUCACAGUUUGUCAUAAACAUCAUGUAUUUAAUUAUGAAGUCAAGGUUAAGGACUUUAAGGGCCAGUUAGUACAUUAUAUAGAUGAUGGACCAUUAUUUGAUGGCUUAGAGAGAUUAGUGGAACAUUACCACAGAACCAAAGAUGGACUUAUAACUACAUUGACCAGUGCUCUUUCAACUGCUGAAACAGUACUACCACUUAUACCAGAUGAUCUUGAUGAUUAUUAUAACGUGCCAGAUAAUGAUGAAGAUCGACCAAAAUUACCACCUCGCCAUGAUAGUCCUGCAGAAGAAAUAUAUGAAACAGCAGACGAUGAUGUUCCUGCAACUCCUCCACCUCUGCCUUCUAGUCAGGUUAGUGUAUAUAGACCACCUCUGCCUUCUAGUCAGCCUCCUCCAGUGAAAAAGGUUAUGUCAGUAGAACCAAAGGAAGAAGAAAAAGAAGUCUGGAAUAUAAUUGAUAAAAAAGACAUUAAAAUUUUGGAAAAACUUGGAGAAGGAGAAUAUGGUGAGGUGAAGAAGGGGAAAUAUACUAGGAGAGAUGCCAAAGGGAAAAAUCCACAUAAGAUUGAAGUAGCAAUAAAAACAUUUCAUACUGACCUUAAUAAUGAUGCAGCAUUAAAGAGCAUAAAGGAGGAAGCUAAACUAAUGUCUCAACUCAAACAUGAAUGUAUAGUAGAAUUAUUUGGAGUUUGUGACUCACCAUUUAUGUUGGUAGAAGAAUACAUACCUGAGGGAUCUAUGUUAGAUUAUCUAGUCAAGCAUGGUGAGAAGAAAGUGAAAGUAGACACCCUUAAACUGUGGGCUGCUGAGAUAGCAAAUGGGAUGCAGCAUUUAGAGAAGAUGAGGGUUGUACAUAGAGAUCUUGCAGCAAGGAAUAUACUUGUGAUGAAUUUAAUGCAGGUAAAGAUUAGUGACUUUGGAUUAUCUAGAGCAUACUCUGAUGAGAGUAGUUAUUAUAAAGCCAGUAAAGGAGGUCGAUGGCCUAUAAAAUGGUAUGCACCUGAAUGUGUAAACUAUGGGAAAUUUACUCAUGCUACAGAUGUGUGGAGCUAUGGAGUUACAUUAUGGGAAAUGUUUAGUUAUGGAGAUCAACCUUAUGGAGACAAAAAGGGAAUUGAGGUAAUACAGUUCAUAGAGGAAGGCAGUAGACUUGAAAGACCAACUGCAUGUCCUGCAGUGACCUACCUGGAAAUGAAAAAAUGCUGGAUGUCUAAACCAGACGAAAGACCUACAUUUCAUGACCUAUCACUUCAUUUUGAAACAGAAAAAGAAUAUGCCGACAUAAGAGACUUUAAACGGAGCAAAGAUUCUUCACAUUCAAAGAGAAAAAAAUAAUUUUAUUGAUUGUUUACUUUAUGUUAAAGAUUAAUGUGAUGAGACAUUUAUAGAUAUAUAUUCUAUCAAAGAUUAAUGUGACGAGACAUUUAUAGAUAUAUAUUCUAUCAAGAUCAAAAAGUUAUACUGUUAAUGUUUUCAUUUUAUAUUUUUAUAGAUAUAUUUUUUGAUAAAAAGAAACCAUUCAUUUUUUUUUUAAUGUUGAUUACGUGAGAAGGAUUCUUAUGUUUGUGUGUAAGAUAAUGUACAGAGGAUAAAGCCCAAACUAAUCAUUUAUAUAAUAAUGGUCUUGUCAUCCUUGAUGACACUGUGCUAGGUAAAUGGGCAUACUAAAUUAAAGUUAUAAUUUAUACAAAAUUUGACAAUUUAUCCUAAAAAAAAUUCAAGUGUAAGGUAAUAAUAUAAUAUGAAAUGUGAUUUUUGAAUACCAUUGUCAAGAUCAGAAUUUUAGUAUACCAUCUUCACUGAUUUUUCUCAGUCUCCAUAAACAUAUUUUUUGAUAUAAAUAAUGAGUUUCAUGUAUCUCACAUCUCCAAAAUAAAAAAAAAUUCAGAUAAAUUGUAUCUCAUAUCUCCAAAAUUGAAAUAAAAUAAAGUCCUGAUAAAGUGUCUAUCUAUAUUUAUCUUUUGAUUUACCAGUACAUUGAAACAAGUGAAAAAUAAUACACCAUUAAGGUUUUUAACAAUUUAUUAUUAGAUUUAAAAAGUGUUCUACUUUUUUAAUCAUGUUUAAUGACAAAACAGUAUUUGUGCAAAUCAAAAUUCUUGUUAAUAUUCUGGUAAAUGUUUUGUAUUUCAUAUAGGAAUAUUAAAAAAAGCUGACACAAUUUAAUUGGUGCUAGACAUAUGGUGUUUAUUUAAUGUUACUUGUUUUUUAUGAAAAACAUUGUGUUUAGAAAAAAGCAUUUGUGCCUAUAAUUAAUGUCUUAAAGUGUUACUUUUCCAGUAUUAUUUAUCAACAUCAUACCUAAUGCAGUCAUUCGUCAAAAUGAUCAAAUUGCUUAUUUUGACAUUACUGUAUGUAAGCAGUUUCAUUCAUAACAUUCGUUUGCAUAUUUUUUAUAUUUAUGAAAACUAUUUGUAAUUUUCAAAAACUUUAUAUUUAAAAAGCAAUUUGAUGUCCAUGUUGAUGUUUUUUUUUUUUAUCUAAUUGUAUUCACUUCCUUCAAUAUAUUGCAAUUGUUUCUCAAAUAAAAAUAAUAUUUUUGCAGAAAUUGCAAUUUGUAAUUACAUCUCAAUAAUUACAAAUUACAAACAGUUUGCUACAGGUUUUCUAUAGUUACUGUCUUUUUUCCUUAACUACAUGUUAAAAAGUAUAUAUAGUAUUAUAUUAGGAUCUAGUUUUUCUUUUUUCCAAUCAUAUUGUGCUUAAUAUUGUUGUAAAUGAUGCCCUUUAUGGGUUCUUGAUUAGAUUAAUAAAAUUCUUAUCUUAAAAAAAAAAAAAAUUCUUAUCUUAUAGUUGCUGAUCAGUUAGGGUUUUAUAUUCUUAUAAUACAUGUACUUAGUGAAUUUGUUAGUCUCUUAGUAAUAUAAGAACAGUAGUUAAUCCUUAAUGCAUUGCAUUUCUGACUCUGGAUUUGUUCUUUGUCAGAGGCUUGAAUAAUACAUAAUAGUACUAAAGUAAAUAAAAAUCAAUCUCCAACAACUAUAAGAUCAUGUUGAUAGGAGAAAGAACGUGUUGUUAAAAUUGAAAUAAACCAGUGGCAUAUGGCUUUAUCAUGACAUAUAUAUGAAAUUAAACAGAGGUCCCAUGAAAUGCAUGUGUUAGGACAUCUGCCUUUUCCAACCAUUGUCUAAGAUUUGUCAUUUUUCUUUUAUAAAAGUUUGAAUCUCAUGUAUUUCUUUAAACUAGCACUUGACAGCCUUGUUUUUUUGUUAAAAUAUUUUGUCCACUUUAUUUCCCUUUGUGUAUUAUUUUCAUGGAUUAUUGAUUAUCAUUCAAAAAAACACUUGCCUAUAUAUUCUUGAAACCUUAAAUGUUUAAGAGUGUCUCCAACAUAUUUUUUAGUAUUUAAAUAUGAGUGUAGUGGGAUGGCAGAGUACUUACCGUUAAAAGUUUUAAAAUACAUGUUUUAUAGCUUUACUUUAUUUAAGAAGUUCUUUUAUGAAUUUUUGAUGAUUGAUUUGUUAACCUUUUUCUCGAUGGAGAUUUUUUUUUUACAUACUUGUUUCGCAUAGGUUAUUUCAAUAAAUUGUUGAAAAUUAGCUUACUUCAAUGAAAUAUGGACUAUACCUUAAAUAGACCAGUUAGAUUUAUGUAAUUUUGGUCAGUUAUAUGCCUAAAUUCACUUGUUAUAAUAUUUAAAUGUUGUUGCCAUGGGAAUGGUUUUAUCCAUAUAUAAUGAAAAUGGGUUAAAUUUGGGGAUUAAUCUUGUUAUAUCACCAGAUAGGGUAAUCUGCUUCCGUGUCUUCACAAGAUGAGAAAUAGAAAUAAUUACUGAAUUAAUACUGAAUGGAAUUCUGAAUUGUGUUUCCUAAAACAAUCAAUUUGCCCAUGUUUUGAGAGGGUAUGAUAAGGCCACAUUUUGACUUCUUGAAUUUGAAAAUCAAAAAAUGAUAGAAUAUAUUAAAUAUCAUCCUUCUGUCGUCCUUCAGAUACAAUAAUUCAUAUUUUAUUGUUAUGUCUUUUUGUUAAGGCCAUCAAAAUUUAUGGCAUACCUGUUAAAGGGUAAUUUGAAAAUCAGGUACAUUGUAUAUGUAUUAAUCUGAAAAAAAUGAUAUUUGGCAUUACUAAUGAUGACUGAUUGUAAAAUUAAUUUAGGAAAAUUUAUGGAUAUGAGAUUCACAAAAACUUGGUUUUAUUGUGGAUAUUCAUUUUCCAUUUAAGACAUUUCAUUUUGAUCAAUUACGCUUUUUCUUGUCGAGUUAUUAUAAUUAACAAUAUUGAAUGAAUAAUUGCUGUUAUUGGAUUAACAUAUUGUCAUCCUAAUUAAUUAUCAUUAUGCUUUAAUUCUUUCAAAUUUUCUUACAUUGUUAUUUCAUAAUUAAUCGUGUUUUAAUUAUUAGACUAUAAUUUUGUGAUAUACAUAUAUAUUCUAAUAAAGACACUUUUAUAUU